UCAAUAAACAAGAUUUAGAAUGCUUGUUAGCCAAAAUUAAGUGUGCAAGCAUGCCUUUACCAAGAGUAAACGUUGAGCCAAUGCAAGUUGAUCUUCCUGAGAAUGAACACAGAGAGGAAGUAUUUGUUGUGGAUGCUCCAACAUUGGAUUUAGAUGUUUAUGCUUCCAUGUACAAAGGCCUGGCAAAAUUACAAAGACUUCUUUUUGUUGCAAAACAUUGCCCAAGUUAUGCUGUGGAUGCUCUACGAAUGUCAAUUUCUGCAGUUAAAAGUACUUACAACACUGAGAUGUAUCGAGAUAUCAUGACUAAACUUGCUGACGCUGCAAAUAACGAGGAUGGAAACUCAGCAUCAGAUUUUGAUACUCACUGGGUCGAAACAACAAAUAAAAAAGCUGAACUUAAGCUUGAAAAAUUAGACCAAGACUUAAAAACUUAUAAACAUAACUCCAUUAAAGAAAGUAUCAGGCGUGGUCACGAUGAUUUAGGUGAUCAUUAUCUAGACAUGGGAGAUUUCAGCAACGCCUUGAAAUGUUAUUCAAGAGCUCGUGAUUACUGCAUAUGUGCGCAACACAUUGUCAACAUGUGUAUGAAUGUGAUAAAUGUAAGUAUAUACAUGCAAAAUUGGUCUCAUGUUCAGACGUAUGUUCACAAAGCCGAAGCAGUUCCAGAUUUAUUUGAAAGUACGUCAUCAGCAUCUAGUUCUAACGAAAAAAAUAAAAACAUCAAUGCUGGCAUAUUGGCAAGAUUAAAAUGCGCUGCAGGAUUGUCAGAACUUUCGGAGAAACAGUACAAAGCUGCAGCGAAGUUGUUUUUACAGGUUUCAUUCGAUCAUUUGGACUACCCUCAGGUGCUGUCUGCUCACGAUGUGGCCAUUUAUGGCGGGUUGUGUGCGCUAGCCACGUUUGAUAGGGUUGACUUACAGAAAAAAGUUCUCUCAAGCAGCUCUUUCAAACAAUUCCUUGAACUACAACCACAGCUGCGGGAUAUCUUACACAAAUUUUACGCUUCGCAAUAUGCUACAUGUUUGGACCUUCUUGCUGGUAUGAAGGAUAAUUUGCUGUUAGAUGUUUAUCUCUCACCGCAUGUCGAUAAAUUAUAUUCACAAAUACGCAAUAGAGCGUUAAUACAGUAUUUCAGUCCGUACGUGUCUGCAGACUUGAGCAAAAUGGCUGCUUCUUUCAACACGUCUGUUGGCUUGCUAGAAAACGAAUUGACUCAGCUGAUCUUAGAUGGACAAAUAUCUGCGAGAAUAGAUUCAAGAAAAAAGGUUCUCUACGCUCGUGACGUCGACCACCGAUGCUGCACGUUCGAGAAAGCUUUGGAAGUAGGUCGCGAAUAUGAACGUCGAACAAAGUCCCUGAUUCUUCGCACUGUGGUUUUGCAACAUCAAAUACAACUCCGUGUAAAUUUUGGUGGACAAGCAACAAGAGAUGACGAUGUAGCUCACUGACGAAACGAAUGAAACGAAGAACGUUUUGUAAAAUAUCACUGUCAGUAGUUUAAAAUGUUUAAUUUAACGACCUAAAUUCAAAAAAAUAUUUUUUUUCGCUA